CGUCGGAUGAAGUGACGCUAGACGUCCGGGGUCCUCUUGACGUAGGCGUCUUUCGGUGCCUGAAUUGACCGGGAGCUUUACAUCUGACAACGGUGUGAGGAGAACAAGCGCGGAGGCCCCGAAGCUCCCAGCGGAGAGUGGACCGGCGCAGUGACGGGAGCAGCGGGGCCGGUGUAUAGUGGCUAUCAGGGCUUUUUGGGAUGGAUCACAAGGAGGACUUGGACAGCAGAGAACCUUUAAUUGACAUCAGGAAGGCCCCCCGGAGCCGAUCUCAUCAUAGAUACUCUAAGGACGAACUUCUUGACAUUAAAGAGCUGCCACACUCCAGACAGAGGCCGUCUUGUCUACUGGAUAAAUAUGACAGUGAUGGCGUCUGGGAUCCCGAGAAGUGGCAUGCAUCUUUGUACCCUAACUCAGGACGCAGUUCUCCUGUUGAUGCAUUAAGAAAAGAAACUGAUUCCGAGAGAACGUCUCUGAAGCGUAGGAUAGCAGAUCCCAGGGAGCGUGUUAAGGAGGAUGACCUUGAUGUUGUGCUCAGCCCACAGAGGCGAAGCUUUGGGGGUGGGUGCCAUGUAACAGCUGCUGUUGGCUCUCGUCGUGCUGGGAGCCCUCUAGACAACAAGGAAAAUGAAAGCUUGCGUCUCAUCGGUGGACGCAGGAUUGGCAGUGGCAGGAUCAUUGCUGCUAGAGCAUUUGAUCGUGACAUGCGAGGAGGAGAAAAAGACCUAAGAGAACCUCGUGAGGGGAGAGAACGGGAAAAGGAGUACAAGGACAAGCGCUUCAGGAGAGAAUAUGGUGACAGUAAAAGAGUCUUUGGUGAGCGCAGGAGGAAUGAUUCUUAUACAGAGGAGGAACCAGAGUGGUUUUCUGGUGGCCCCACUAGCCAGUCUGAGACUAUAGAGCUCACUGGCUUUGAUGAUAAAAUAUUGGAGGAGGAUCAGAAGGGAAGAAAGAGAACACGGAAACGAACAUCCUCUUUAAAGGAAGUGUUUGAGUGCAAUGGAGGUGUACCAGAGGAAGAAGCUGUUCUUCCUCCAGAACAUACAGCUGACCAGGAAGUACCUCAAGAGGCUGUUCUGCCAGGACCAAUGGCAGGAGAGUUUGACUUCAAUGAGUUCUUUAAUCUGGACAAAAGUGUGCCUGGCCUGGCUUCGAUGAUCGAGGAUGUGCUAGGGGAGGGAUCUGUGUCUUCCAGUAGAUUCAGGAAGUGGUUUUCCAAUCAUAGCCACUCUGAAAGUCGAUCCAGCAGUCUAAGAUCUACACCCCAUGAGGAGCUAGAACGAUUGGCAGGCUUGGAUCAAGUGAUUCCCACUCAUGGACAAAACUCCGGAAAUUAUUUUGCACCUAUUCAAUUUGAAGACCAUGCUGACAAAGUUGACAUUUUGGAGAUGUUGCACAAAGCCAAAGUGGACUUGAAGCCGCUUCUAUCUAGCCUGACUGCGAACAAGGAGAAGCUACGGGAGAGCACACAUUCUGGAGUGGCUUUGUCAGUAGAGGAAGUUGAAGCAGGACUGAAGGGAUUGAGGGUUGAGCAAGAGGGGAAGAUUGCCACCCCAUUUAUGGCUGAACAGUUGGAGGAGGCAUUAACAGCAAUGGCUGGGCCAAGGAAACCACAGAGAGAUGGUGACAUGUCUGCUUUUAACAAACUUGUAAGCAGCAUGAAGGCAAGUGGGACGCUGCCUUUCCAACCUAAAGUGAAUCGAAACCUAGAUGGCCAUUUGAUAUCAUCUGCUGAUGUCACAGGUCCCUCUACUCUCCAGCGGAACAUUCUGCAGGAGCUCCUUGGCCCUCCUAUUUCUGAUCCAUCCUCUAAUGUGCUGAACAAUGUUAUGGGAACUCUCAACUCUACAACAUCCCUGCUAAGACAACGGACUCCCUCUCCUCAAAUACCACCAGUGUUCCCCACGCGUGCCUCCUCUGCAGAUUACAUUAGAGCUCGAAUACCUUCUCCCCUAGGAUUUUCUGCAGGUCCUGAGCAAUUUCGCACUGCAGUUCCCAAAGCUGACAGCCCACUUAUAGCACAGGUUAGUCCUCUGGAGAUGCAACACGCUUUGUUAGAAGGAUUGGUACCACAUGAUCUUGCUUUCCCAGCUUCAAACUACUACCACCCAGUUUAUGGAAAAAUGCAGAUGGACAAAGGCAGGGAUGGCUUUCGUCACAGACAACAGAGGAUGAAUAAAUCUCCAGUAGGCAGCCUACGAGGAUCAUCUGUAUCUCCCGGUCCGGGUGCACCUGUUACUAGUAUGCUGUCCCCAUCCUUUACACCUACCUCAGUGAUACGUAAAAUGUAUGAAAGUAAAGAGAAGAUAAAAGAUGAGACCUCAAUAGGAAAGCAGAAUGCCUAUGGGAAAGAUGUUCGCGGAGUGCAGGAAGAUGGAGCCUUAAUCAGUCCUAUACCUGACAACUGUGUCCAAGGCACAUCUCCAGUGUUGGACGCAAGGUUUCCAGCAUCUCAACGCUCUGGGUGUACCCCACCCCUAACUCAUCGCUACACCAAAGACCAGGACUAUCGUCCAAAAUCUACAGGGAGGCAAACUCCUACUUUGGUAUCUCCAGUGCCUGGAGCUUCCUUUCUGCGCCCUCUCCACCAGGUACCUGUUGUACCAGUUGUUCGGCCAUCACACCAGCUGCAUCCAGGGUUGGUACAGAAGAUGUUGGCACAGGGUGUUCCUCCACAACACCUCUCCCUUCUGCAGGCAGGUCUACUCCCACCUGGUAUUGACCUGCCAGCACUGCAUACUCUAUCGCCAUCUGUAAUAGGACAGCCUUUCUACCCACUAGCACCUACAGGGCACCCUCUUCUCAACCAACGCCCUACAAACCCCCUUCAACUUGCAAUGAUGCAACGAUCAGGUUCUGGCACCCAAAGCUUCUCCGGCAUUCAUACAUCUUCACAAGGCUUAUCAAGUCGGCCCAAUCUGAACAUGAUGGAUCAGCGUUUUCAAAGGAGUACUUCUCCUGUGGGAUUGGCCAAGUGGUUUGGGUCGGACGUUCUUCAGCAGCCACUCCCGUCUAUGCCUGCUAAAGUGAUCAGUGUGGAUGAACUUGAAUACAGACAGUGAAGCAGAACUGAGUAACUAAUCAUGGUGUACAGUCUGAUCUGUUCCAAGCAGAGGAUGACGGGUGUCUUUAGUAGAAGACCCAACUAAUCAGCUCUGUUUUUGUUUAAAUUUGGGCUGCAAUGUACGGAGUACACUGAAGCUGCAAAUGAAGUGAUCUGCAUUCCCCCCCCUCUGCUCAAUACCAAUGCAGACUGUCUGGUGAAGGAGGAAUCAUCUCAUUUGCCCAAGAAGCCUAUUUUGGGAAGGGGCAUUUUUCUUUUUCUUUCUUUCUUUUUUCCUUUCUUUUUUUUUAUCCUUUUUGCGUUGGCAGUGUGCUGAGGGGUAAUGGAGAUAAUGAACUUUGUGUACAGACUUGUAUAAAGAUUUUUUGUUUUGUGUAUAUAUUCACUUAUAAUAGUUUUUUUUUUUUUUUGUUUGACUAGCUGUACAGAUGAGAAAGCUUAAUCUGUUUUGCCACUUACAAAGUCUGAGCUCUCCCUUUAAUUUGUACAUGUCUUUUCUUUCAUUAAAUCUGCAUAUACUAAUA